UCGUGUGAGCUACAGAGACAGGCGACGGAGAGAGAGAGAGAGGAGGAGAGAGAGAGAGAGAGAGAGAGAGAGAGAGAGAGAGGCAGACCAUAAUUCAUGCAAAUUAUACUCUGAUUCUUUCAAUCUCUGAAAAAUUUGAGUUUCGAACUAGACGUUAGUCCGAUUUCCUUGAAUUAGGGUUUUCAGAAUUAUAUAUAUACACACAUAUAUAUAUUUAUAUCUGUAGUGUAUUAUCUAGGUUUUUGUUUGAUUGAGACCAAUUGUUGUGUGCUUGAAUGUUAGUGGAGAUACAGGACUAGGGUUUGGUAGGUUUGCUAAUGGGUAGCACAGGUGAACCAGACCGGAAACGGCGUCACUUUAGCUCCAUCUCACCCACCGCUGCUAGUGCCAAGAAACAGUCCUUCUUGCCUUUGUCUGAAGAUAAAAAGCUUGACAAUGCAGUGCUUGAGUAUCAAAAUCAAAAGCUUGUUCAGAAGUUAGAGGCUCAGAAAGUUGAACACAUUGCUCUUGAGAAAAAACAUAGUCAACUGAAGGAGAAACAACAGCCGUAUGAUGAGACCUUAGUGGUGGUCAACAAGGCUUGGGAACAGCUGGUUGAUGGUUUGGAAUCUUGCUCUAUCUGCACGAAAGACUUGUUGAGCAGUGGACGAGAUGCUAAAACACAAUUGAUCACAGAGGAUGGGCCUUUGUCUACCCCAGAGAAUGCCUUUUUAGGCAGACUGUUAGAAACAGGUGCAACUGAAAGUAGCUCUGUAAUUAAUUCCCUCAACCAGAAUGAAGAAGAUACACAAAUAGCUGUUAAAAAGUCCAAGAACAUAUUAUCCAAUAUAGUGGCAGCCAUUAAUGAGCUGUGGUACUUGAAGGAUGGAUUGCAGGCUACAGUUUUGAAGGCACUUCCAGAAGAUGGUUCAUGCAGAAAAAAGGCUUCCACCGAUUUACAGACAGAAGUCCGGAAUCUGAGAGUGGCACUGGGGGAUCUUUAUUUGAAUCACAAAUCAUUAGCAAGGGAACUGCAGUGCCAUCGAGAUACUGAUGCGAAGAAUAAAGCUGAGCUUAAACGUUUGAGGGUGGAACUGGAGAGUACUGUUGUAGAAUUAGAAGAAAGUAAUUGUAAAUUGGCGACUCUAAAAACAGAGAGAGAUGCAGCAAAGAGGGCAUUUUUCCCUGCCCUAAAUUUGGUGAAUAAACCUGUUGCUGUUGAUAAAACCAAAGAUAAACAAAAAGAUUUGCAAAAUAUGGAGUCUGCUCUCAAGGAGUUAUUGGACCAAGCCUCUUGUCGGCUACUUGAGCUCAAGCGUUUCCAUGAAGAAAGGAUAGGAAUAUUGAAGCAGUUAUCUGAUAUGCAGGAUACUUUGAAGAACGUGAAGGGUAUUUCCUUGUCCCAAGCCUAUGUCUUGGUUAGAGAGCAGCUUGCAAAGUCGAAAGCAGAUUUAGUCCAGUACCAAGCACUAUUCGAGAAACUACAGGCUGAGAAGGAUAACCUUGGCUGGCGAGAAAAAGAAAUGAACAUGAAAAAUGAUUUAGUUGAUGUUUUCAAUCGAAAUGCAGCAGUUGCUGAGUGUAGAACAACUGAGCUGCAAAUAGAGAUACAGAAACAAAUUAAUGAAAAAAAUCUGAUUGAAACCAGGCUGGAAGAAGCAUCAAGGGAACCUGGUAGGAAAGAAAUCAUUGCAGAGUUUAAAGCAUUGGUUUCUUCAUUUCCUGAGGACAUGGGCAGUAUGCAGAGUCAGCUGCGUAAAUACAAAGAGACUGCUUCAGACGUUCAUUCUCUGCGAGCUAAUGUUCAAUCUCUUUCUACUAUUCUUGAUCGGAAGGCUAAAGAGUUGAAAAAGUUGUCUCUUAGAUCAACUGACCAAGCUGCUGAAAUGCAGAAGUUGCAAUCUGUGGUACGUGAUUUGAAGGAGAGUGAUAUGGAAUUGAAGCUCAUUUUGGAAAUGUAUAGGCGUGAAUCCAUUGAUUCAAGGGAUGUCUUAGAAGCUAGAGAUUCUGAAUACAAGGCAUGGGCUCAUGUUCAGAGCUUGAAGUCCUCUCUUGAUGAGCACAAUCUGGAAUCGCGAGUUAAAACAGCAAUUGAAGCUGAGGCCACCUCUCAGCAAAGGCUAGCCACGGCAGAAGCUGAGAUUGCUGACUUGAGACAGAAGUUGGAAGCUUCUAAAAGGGAAAAGUCCAGGCUUUCAGAUGUCCUGAAAUCCAAACAUGAGGAAAAUGAAACCUACCUAUCUGAAAUAGAGACUAUUGGUCAGGCAUAUGAUGAUAUGCAAACUCAAAACCAACACCUCCUGCAGCAAAUCACAGAGAGAGAUGAUUAUAACAUCAAGCUUGUUCUAGAGGGUGUGCAGGCAAAACAAUAUCGAAAUGCUCUAUUCAUGGAGAAACAAACCAUGGAGAAGGCAAUUCAUCAAGCCGAGGCAUCUGUUGAUUUUUACAGCAUGAAAGCUGCAAGAAUUGAAGAUCAGUUCAAAAUGUGUUCAGAACAAGUUCAGACACUUGCGGAAGAUAGGUUUCAGAGCUUAUCGAUAUUAGAAAAUACCCAAAAGAAGUUGUUGGAUGUGAGGAAGUCAUCUCAGCAACUGAGGGACUUAUUGGAUAGAUCACAGUCCAAGGCUGACAAAGGUCGAGUGUCUCUUGCUGAGCUUCAGAUAUAUCUGGAGAAAGAGAGGUUUGGAAAGAAAAGAUUAGAAGAGGAAUUAGAAGUUGUGAGGAGAAAGGCUUCACGUCUUAAAUCACACAUAGAGGGGUCAUCAGUGGUUGACAAGCUUCAGCAGCAGGAGCUCAGAGAGUACAAGGAAAUUCUCAAGUGCAGUGUUUGCCUUGACAGGUCAAAAGAGGUUGUCAUCACAAAAUGCUACCACCUAUUUUGCAAUCCGUGCAUUCAAAGGAUUAUAGAAUCACGCCAUCGCAAGUGCCCAGUUUGUGCUGCAAGUUUCGGUGCAAAUGAUGUCAAACCUGUUUACAUCUGACUGGAAACUUGAGAAACUGCUUAUUGAUGAGACUUACUCCCCCAGAGGUGCCCAUGAUGCAGGACUCGGGGUGUCAAUGCCCACAGGUUCACAUGUAUUGUUAAAUUAGAGGUUGAGAUGAAGAAACAUUGACAUGAAACAGUGGAAGUUUCUGUUGCUUUCCCAUUCAACCUUGUGCAAAUUGGGCUGGAUUUGCGGGUCCUAGUUUUAGGUUAUUGAUUUCACAUAGUUUGUCAAGUUUAGUGUAAUUAUGUAGUUUGAAAUUUUCAUUGACUGUUGAGCAACUGGAUUAUUUCCAUUUAUUAUUUGCAGUCUUUUUUCUAAAUUAGUCCAGUGCUAGUCCAUGGAAGUAGGGUCAUCAUGUGAUGAAUAAAAAAAUUAAAAGGUGUCACUGUGCAUUCAACUGAAACUUGCUUCUGAAUGAAUGAUUUUUGUCAGUGAGGGUUUGAAUUGUCUCAAAUUUGGAACGUAGGUUGAAUUUUUGGAUCACCA